GAGUUCCACGUAAAGUACCAAUAAUUUUCAUUUUUCAGAUGCCACCGCCACCACAUUCCUCUAUACAAAAAAUCAAUAUAAAUAUAUCACACGAGAUUCUCCAUUUUCCUCAUCAAUCAAAAUUCACAAUCUCUUUUCAAUACACAGAAAACUCUUUUUCCAAAAAAACCACACACAAUGGAAACCGCAACCACCCUCACCGGACUCCUCCAAGCCGUCGCCGAAAAAUUCCCUACCCGACGUGCCAUCUCCGUCGCCGGAAAACUCGACCUCACUCACUCUCACCUCAAUCAAUUAGUUGAAUCCGCCGCAAAUCAUCUCAUCUCCGCCGGAAUCAAACCCAACGACGUCGUCGCUCUCACCUUCCCUAACACCGUCGAGUACGUAAUACUCUUUUUGGCCGUUAUUCGAGUACGAGCCACGGCGGCGCCGUUAAAUGCGGCUUACACAUCAGAAGAAUUCGAGUUUUAUUUAUCAGACUCUGAAUCGAAGCUUCUAUUAACGCCGUUAGAAGGUAACGAACCGGCUCAAGCCGCAGCUACAAAGCUCAAAAUUCAACUCGGCUCGGCUUCGCUUAUCAAAACCACUGAAGAAGAAGAAACUAAAUUUGCUUUUUCAAUCUCGUUGAACAAACCCGAGUCAGAGUCAGAUUUAAAUUCUGUUAACUCAGUUAACUCGAUUUCCGAACUCAUUAACGAACCAUCCGACGUGGCACUUUUCCUCCACACAUCAGGAACAACGAGUCGACCUAAGGGGGUCCCACUGAGUCAACACAACUUAGUUUCGUCUGUUAGAAACAUUGAAUCGGUUUAUCGACUCAAUGAGUCUGACUCGACGGUUAUCGUGCUUCCGCUUUUCCAUGUUCAUGGAUUAAUUGCUGGAUUACUGAGUUCACUUGGUGCCGGAGGUGCGGUGGCGUUACCAUCGGCGGGAAGAUUCUCGGCGUCGACGUUUUGGAAAGAUAUGAUUCAAUACAAUGCCACGUGGUAUACUGCGGUUCCUACUAUUCAUCAGAUUAUACUUGAUCGUCACUUGAAUAGCCCUGAACCGGUUUACCCGAGACUCCGGUUUAUCAGAAGCUGUAGCGCUUCCUUGGCACCGGUUAUUCUAGGUCGGUUAGAGGAAGCAUUUGGGGCACCAGUUUUGGAGGCAUAUGCUAUGACAGAGGCAACUCAUUUAAUGUCUUCGAAUCCUUUGCCACAAGAUGGGCCCCACAAAGCUGGGUCAGUUGGGAAACCAGUGGGUCAAGAAAUGGCUAUAUUGGAUGAAUCGGGUCGGGUUUUAGAGAAUGAAGUUAAUGGUGAAGUGUGUAUUAGAGGAGAAAAUGUUACAAAAGGGUAUAAGAAUAAUGUGGAAGCUAAUACAGCUGCAUUUUUGUUUGGCUGGUUUCAUACUGGUGAUAUUGGUUACUUUGAUUCUGAUGGGUAUUUGCAUCUUGUGGGUCGGAUUAAAGAGCUCAUAAACAGAGGAGGAGAGAAAAUAUCACCAAUAGAAGUGGAUGCUGUUCUUCUAUCUCAUCCUGACGUAGCACAAGCAGUUGCUUUUGGAGUGCCAGAUCAGAAAUAUGGUGAAGAGAUACAUUGUGCAAUCAUACCAAGAGAAGGAACUAACAUUGAUGAGGCAGAGGUGCUAAGAUUUUGCAAGAAGAAUCUCACAUCUUUUAAAGUCCCCAAAAAGGUUUUCAUUACUGAUUCUUUGCCAAAGACAGCUACCGGCAAGAUUUUGCGUCGUCUCGUGGCAGAACAUUUUGUCUCUCAAGUUUGAACUGUAAAGUCCCUAGCUUUGGAAGUUUAGAUACUUGAUCAAUAAAGGGUUGGAGGGAAACUUGAAAUUUAAGAGGAAAAUAUUUAUGCAACUUGUCAUUUUUACAUUAUAAUGUAAUAGUGUAGAUUUUAAUUAAUGAUUCUUGUGAAGUGAGAAACAAUGCAAUGUUUAAAGAAUUUUUCAAUCUGCUUUUGCUAA